AAACAGUCGCGUCGCUUACGACCCAUCGUUAUUCUUCGGCCGUACGGAUUUCGCGUGACUGCGUAAAAAACCGGACGCGUAUAUUAUCAGCGUGCCUAUAUCGUACAAUAUCUCGUCGCGAUCGUCGUCCCAUUGCGCUAUAAUAUUAUACACAGAGACGACCGCGCAAUAAUAUCGUAUAGUCACAUAUAUUUAUAACGACUGCAGUAGAAAUAUCGAUUAUCAUUAUCAUUAUUGUUGUUGUUGUUGUUGUUGUUGUCGUUACAAACGCACGCGGACUCUACCUCGCAAAACCUACCGUCGUCGCACGCGAAAAAGCAAUUACGCGAUUAUAACAUUAUAUAGUAGGUAUUGUACACACGGCUAAGAUGAACGAUAAGUACGUCGUAUUCGGUUGGUUCGUUGUCUGCACGAUGGAAUUCUUCAUCUCGCCGAAAAUUUUCGUUCACUCUGCCGACGGACCGGGUGAAUACACAGAUCUAUGUUUUCGGGACGACCCAAAAAUAGACGUUUGCAUCCGCAAAAGAAUUAACGACGUGGUCGAGCAAUUCCAUAAAGGUAAUGAUGAAUUUGGUUUGCGUGAAUUUGAUCCGUUGCCCUUGGAAAAUCCGUUAAAUUUCGAACAUAAAGCUCGUCUGAUUGGUGGAAAAAUUUCAGUAAAGAACAUGAUGACUGAAGGUUUGACAACAGUCAAGUUGUUAUCGCUCAGAUCAAAACUUCAAAAUCCAAAUAAAAUGGAAGUGGGAUUCUCCGCAAACUUCAAAAACUUAUUAAGCUCCGGUCAAUAUCAGUUCAAAGGAUAUUUGGGACGUAUGCCGAUAAACGCCAACGGCCGAUACAACAUAACAUUCAAGAACGUCGAGACGAGCUACGUGUUGAAGGCUAAGCUGAAAGAAAUGAGAAACAGCACGUUCGUACAGCUCGAAAGUUUUCGCUCGAAUCCACCGAAAUUCGGUGAAACUAAAAUCUUCGCCAGUGAUUUGGUGCCAGGAAACGCGGUGUUGAACCGAGUGGCGUUGAGGUUUGUAAACCAGUAUGCAAUACAAAUAACUGACGAACUUUAUCCGGCCGUUGGACCAGUACUCGACAACAUUCAAAUGGACAUGUGUAACAAGAUGUUGUCGAUGUUUCCCUUUGACGUUUUGCUUCCACCAACCAGAACGCAUUGAUGAUAUGAAAAGGGCUGUGAAUUUAUAGAAAAAUACAUUUUUUUUACCUUAGAGUAAAACUUAGUUUUCUCAACAUAAAGUUUGAGUUAUAUAAUAAUAAAUUAAAUUUUGUAGCACAUUUUUGAUAUUUUAGGUCAGUUUUUUGACCUCGUGAAUUUUUUCUUUUGUAUUGUGGUAUUUUUAA